AUGUCGUUGCGCCUCGGCUUCCAGAGCCUUGAGCCGGCGCUCGCCGCGGCGGCCGAGGCGCUGUUCGGCACCCGCUCCCCGCCGCGCGCCGUCCUACGCCGCGCGCGCGCGCUGCACGCGCUCCUCGUGGUCUCGUCCCUGCCGUCCGCGCCCCGCCCGCCCACCUUCCUCGCUAACCAGCUGCUCGCCCUCUACUGCCGCCUCUCCGCGGUCCCCGACGCCCUCGCCCUCCUCCGCUCCACGCCGUGCGCCUCCGUGGUCUCCUACAACACCGUCCUCUCCGCGCUCUCGCGCACCCCGAGGCACGCGCCGGACGCCUUCGGGCUCUUCCGCGGCCUGCACGCGUCGGGUCUCCGCCCCACCGCCCCAAGCCUCUGCGCCGUCCUCCGCGCCGCCGGCGCGCUGCGCGAUGGCCACGCGGGUGCCGCCGCGCACGCGCAGGCUGCGGCCCUCGGCUUCCUCGCCAGCGACGUUGUGCCGACCGCGCUGCUCCAGAUGUAUUCCGGGUGCGGGUCGCCGAGGGACGCUAACCAGGUGUUCGACGAAAUGAUGACGCCGGAUGUGGUGGCGUGGAACUGUGUGAUGCACUGCAAUGUACGGUAUGGUUACCUUGACCGCGCCCUGGGGAAGUUCUGCCGGAUGGUGAGCACUGGGCUGGCGCCUACAGAGAGCACCCUUUCUUCGGUGCUGAGUGGGUGCGGGCGUUCUGGGGACUUGCACCAUGGGCGCGCGCUACAUGGAUGGGUGGUGAAAUCAGAGGAGCUUGAUCCUGAUUUGCCGCUGCAGAAUGCGCUGCUUGAUAUGUACUGCUGCUGUUGUGAUCUGGGCACUGCAGUGUGUGUGUUUCAGAGGAUCGAGACACCAGACUUGGUGUCAUGGAAUACCAUAAUUGCUGGAUUUUCUGGUGUUGGGGAUGGAUGGAGCGCAAUGCAGGCCUUUGUGCAGCUGAAGGCUGUGUCCUCUGAAUGGCUGGCUCCAGAUGAGUAUACAUUUGCAGCUGUGGUGGCUGCAGCUGCUCCUUUACCAGCAAUGUGUAGUGGCAAACCACUUCAUGCUGGUGUGAUCAAAGUUGGGUUGGAGGGCAGUGUCUUUGUUGCGAAUACACUGCUCAAUAUGUAUUUCACAAAUGAGGAUCCAGGCUCUGCUCAGAUUUUGUUUGAUUCCGUUAUGGUGAAAGAUGUUAUCAUGUGGACUGAGAUGGUUGCUGGCCAUUCUGCACUAGGUGAAGGAGAACUGUCAUUGAAAUAUUUUAUUGGCAUGCUGCAGGUAGGGCACAAGGUUGAUAACUUCUCUCUUAGCAGUGCUUUGAAUUCCACGGCAGAUCUUGCAGGCCUUAAGCAAGGGGAAAUGCUCCAUGCUCAAGUGGUAAAAAGUGGUUAUGAAGGAAAUAUUUGUGUCUCUGGUAGCCUUGUUGACAUGUAUGCGAAAAAUGGUACUCUUCGAGGUGUCUAUUCAGUUUUCUGCACCAUACAGAAGCCAGAUUUGAAGUGCUGGAAUUCUAUGAUAGGAGGAUAUGGCAAUCAUGGGGAUUCUGAAAUGGCGUUCAAACUAUUUGGUGACAUGAUUCGUAGUGGUCUGCAACCUGACCAUGUAACUUAUAUCUCCCUCCUUUCUGCUUGUAGCCAUUGUGGACUGGUUGAGAAAGGAAAGCUUUAUUGGUUCUGUAUGAUAAAUGAUGGCAUUGUACCAGGGUUCAAACACUACACUAGCAUGGUGAGUUUGUUGAGUAGGGCAGGUUUAUUGGAGGAAGCAGUUGAUUUAAUUAAUAAAUCUCCUUCUGCCAAGAGAUAUCCUGAGCUAUGGAGAAUUCUGCUAAGCUCUUGCGUGACAUUUAAAGAUCUGUCAAUUGGUGUUCAUGCUGCUGAACAGGCACUGGAGCAGGAUCCAGAUGAUCUCUCAACACAUAUACUUCUCUCAAACCUUUAUGCAUCUAUAGGAAAAUGGGAUAGUGUGUCUGAAAUUAGGAGAAGGAUCAGAGGGCUGAUGAUUGAAAAGGAGCCCGGGCUUAGCUGGAUCGAGAUUAAGAAAAUGGAACUCUUUGCCCUUUUGAGGGUUCUUUGGGGAAAAAUUACAAGGGAAGACAUCCGAAUUUAUUUUGCAAAGGUUUUGUGGACAUGGAUAUCAGCCAAGAUGGAAAGGGUUUAUAUAGUUGGUUACUGUUGCUUCUUUCUCCUGCGCCACUGGGAACUAUUUGAGGAAUUACACAUCCACCUCUCACCGGAGAUGGGAGGCAACUACUGUUUCGUUCAUGUCUUGGUCGCCUCUGUUCUUCUCCACGUUCAUGGCGCCAGUGACCAGCCCCUGAACCAGACUUGUGACCCCGCCGACCUGGAGGCGCUUCUGGCUUUUUCCAAGGGCUUGAACAAGAACAGCGACGGGCUUGUCGGAUGGGGUCCCAACAACACCUUCUGCUGUUCCUGGACCGGCGUCUCAUGCAAUCUUGGGAGGGUGGUCAGGUUGGAUCUCUCCAACAAGAGCCUAAAUGGCUGCAUCUCCUCCUCGAUCGCCCCCCUCAACAGCCUGGUGGGGAUAAACCUGUCCCGGAAUUCUCUUCGCGGCCAGGUGCCCAUGGAGCUCGGCCAACUCACGGAGUUGCAUGUGCUUGACCUCAGCAUGAACUUGUUCUCUGGCUGGUUUCCUGCUAGCGAAGAUGGCUUUCCUGCUAUCGAGGUGGUCAAUAUCUCCUUCAACAGCUUUGACGGACCGCACCCUGUGUUCCCCACCACCGUGAACCUAACGGUUCUUGAUAUUUCUAGCAACACCUUCUCUGGCAGCAUCAACUCAUCUGCUCUUUGUCCUGCGCCGGUGGAGGUUCUGCGGUUCUCAGGGAAUGGAUUCUCCGGUGAGGUUCUCUGCGGCCUGAGCCGAUGCAAGGCUCUCGUGGAGGUCUCCCUCGACAGAAACAACUUAACCGGGAAUCUGCCCAAUGACCUGUACACGUUGUCCAAGUUGAGGAGGCUUAGCUUACAUGAAAAUCAAUUCACCGGCAACCUUGGCUACGCCCUUGGUAAACUCUCUCAGCUUGUGCUGCUUGACUUGUCCACUAACAGGUUCUCUGGUUCCAUUCCCGAUGUGUUUGGAGGUAUGAGGAUGCUGGAAUCCAUAAACUUGGCCUUCAAUAGGUUCAAUGAUGAAUUGCCUCCUUCCCUGUCGAGAUGUCCAAUACUGAGAGUAAUCAACCUAAGGAACAACUUGCUGGCCUCCUCUGCUAGUCCCUCAGACAAUGGCGUGUCUAGUUGUGCACUCUCCCUUGCACGUCCGGUAUUGGCAACAUCGGUGCGUGCCUUCGUCCUCGAUGCGUUCACCGGGCCUGGCAAACCCGGGGCACGCCUCGCCAUGGCGGCCUUGACUACAUCAUCGGCAUCGACCUUCUCCCACAACGAUUGCCUUGACGUGUCACCGUCUUCAUCUACGGCGCCUUCUCUUUUGCACCACCAUCUUGGCACCCCCUCGUGCGCCCGCGGCUUAUGCGGCUACCUCAACUUCGGCAUCCUCGACUACUACGUCGACCACGGCUAUCCUACGCACGGCAUCUUCGACUACGGCUAUUCGCCCCUCGCGCUCGGUCUACCUCGACAUUGGCAAAAGGGGAUGUUAGACUAUAUUUGUGGCAAUAAUCUGACUGGUGGCAUACCUCCUGGCAUCGCAUUGUGCACCGAGUUGAGGGCUCUGAACCUUGCAAGGAAUGACCUUGUGGGGGAGAUACCAGAGACUUUUAAGGAUUUGAGAUCCCUGUCGUACCUAGCACUCGGAGGAAAUGGCUUCAGGAACCUGUCGUCGGCAUUGCAAAACUUGCAACACCUGCCCAACCUGACAACUUUGGUGCUCACCAGGAAUUUCCGUGGUGGUGAGACAAUGCCAGCGAAUGGCAUUAAUAGGUUCAAGAGCAUGCAGGUGUUUGUCCUUGCAAACUGCUUACUCACAGGCACAAUUCCGCCUUGGCUGCAGUGCUUGGAAAAUCUCAAUUUGCUGGACAUUUCUUGGAACAAGUUAAAUGGGAAUAUCCCACCAUGGCUAGGGAAAUUGAACAAUCUCUUCUACAUCGACCUGUCAAACAAUUCUUUCUGUGGGGAGCUUCCUAUGAGCUUCACUCAGAUGAGGAGUUUGAUUUCAACUAAUGGCUUGAGUGAGAAGUCACCAACAGAGGACCUCCCAUUGUUCAUCAAGAAGAAUUCAACUGGUGCAGGUUUGCAGUACAACCAAAUCAGCAGCUUCCCACCGUCACUUAUACUCUCGAGCAACCUGCUUGCUGGGCCAAUUUUGUCAGGUUUUGGUCAUCUAGUGAAGCUUCAUGUGCUGGACUUGAGCUGGAACAACAUCUCAGGGCCAAUUCCUUAUGAGUUGUCAGGCAUGUCUAGCUUGGAAGUUCUGAAUUUAGCCCACAAUAAUCUCAAUGGGAGCAUUCCAUCAUCACUAACAAAGCUGAAUUUCCUAUCCAAGUUUGACGUGUCGUACAACAAUUUGUCUGGAGCCAUCCCAACAGGGGGUCAGUUCUCAACUUUUUCAAAUGAGGAUUUUGCAGGCAAUUCUGGGCUCUGCCCUCUAUGGAACUCCUGUUAUCAAUCGUUGCAAUCAGAGGAUGAACCUCAACACCACGACAUGUAUACUUCAAUACAAAUCACACACAUCAUGGUGGAAGUAGGAUUUUUUGGGGGGCUGCUGAUGGUCUGGAGUGUACUGUAUUUUGCAAGGCCCUGGAGGUCUGCUUAUUUUAGUCUGAUCGAUAGGUUCUUUGAUAUGCCGUGUAUCUGGACAGUACAGAAUGUGACCAACCUCAGAAUAAAAAGAAGGAAUGAAGUUCAUCCUUGA